AUGAGGAGACAGCAUGGUAUACCCUUAGACGAUAGGAUCAUGCCAGCACGACGUGGAGGGAAAGGUGAAGAGGAUGAGAGUAACGGUGGAGAUGACGGUUGUGAUAGUGGAGAUGAUAAUGGUGAUGAUGUUGGUGAUGGAGGUGGUGAUGGAGGAUAUGACAGAGGUGAUGAGGGUGGAGAUGGAGGAGGUUACGGAGGCCAUGGUGGUGGACGUGAUGGUGGUAUAGGUGGUGGUAGUGGAGUUGGUGACAAUGGUGAUCAUGGAGGAUUGAAGAAUGACCAUGAAGCUGCAUUCUCACUCCCACAAGUGCGAAUGCGACAUGAAUGA